AUGAAGUUUGGGAAAUAUUUGGAAUCUAGACAAUUAGAACUACCCGAAUAUAAUGGCUAUUUCAUAGACUAUAAAGCUUUGAAGAAAUUGAUUAAACAGCUAGCUAUAACAACAAUAAUUCCUUCACCAAAUGAUAGUAACAACAUCAGCUCUACCAAUUUAAAUGUAGAUUUGGAUUCUAUAGAUGAAAGUGUCCUAUACCAAACUUUACAAGAAAAUAAAUCAACUUUCUUCUUUAAGAUGGACAGAGAAUUGGAAAAAAUUAAUAAUUUUUAUAAAGAAAAGGAACUGAAUCUAACAAUAAAAUUUAAUAUAUUACAAUCCAAAUUCAAUAAAUUGAAAUUGAAACUAAAUGAAUUAUCAUCAUCUUCGUCUUUUUCAUCCUCAUCCUCCUUGUCAUCUGCUUCACAAAUUAAUUUGAUAGCUUUCAAAAACUUAUUCGACACUUUUAUUGCAUUCCAAAGGGAUUUAAACCAUUUCGAACAAUUCAUUGAAUUAAAUAGAACAGGGUUUUCAAAAGCUUUGAAAAAGUGGGAUAAAAGAUCUCAUUCUCAUGAAAAGGAAUUCUACUUGGAAACUGUAGUAUCCAUUCAACCAAUAUUUACAAGAAAUAAAGUUACCGAAUUAAAUGAUGAAACUUUAUCCAUCUUAACAGAAUUGAAUGAUUAUAGCAUAAAUCAUACAAAAGAUCAUGAUAUUGCACAGAUAAUGAACAAUGAAACAAAUCGUAAGAGUAAUACUUCUACAACUCCAUUAGUACCUCCCACUAAUAUAGAUAUUAAUAUGCAUACAAUACUACCACCAAUCUUUAAGAAUAACAAUAAUUCAAAUAAUAGCACUAAUAACACAGAAUCAUUGGAAUCUAAAUUAGAUGAUUGGUAUACUGAAUUAAUCAACAUUUCAAAACUAAAGGAUCAUAAUAAAAAAUCAAAUCAAAUCUUAUCAUUUAUUCCAAAUAAAAUUGAACCAUCUUUUUCCAAUACACGACUUUUAACUCUUUGGUUAACAAAAUUGUUUAAAUUAUUAAUAGGUAGUCCCAUGGAUGAUGAAACUUUAUCAAUAUUUUAUGAUAAGGGUAAAUCAUUCAUGAAUUUAACAUAUAAUAAUAAUAUUACUUCUAAUAACGACUCAGAUGAUGAUGCCGAAAUAUUAACAAAGAAAAAUAUAUUCCAUGAAGCAACUAGUUGCCUCUAUGACAGUCGUCUAUUCAUUUUACAAAAUGCAUUAUCAUCAUUGUCACCUUCAAAGACAACAACAACAACAACAACAACAACAACUGCUAAUGAAAGAAUAAACAGAUUAAAGGUAUUGUUAAAUGCAAAAGAUAUUUAUGAAAAGACUCCACUGCAUUAUGCAGCAGAGCUGGGUAAGGUAUCAUUCGUCAAAUUAUUAUUAAAAUCCUCAUUGUUAGAUAAUAUAGAUCCAUUAGAUACAAAUUUAAGAACUCCAUUAACAUUAGCAAUCAAUAAUAACCAUAUUGAUGUUAUGGAAUUAUUAUUAACCUUGGGAAAUUCAAAUCCAAACCCAAAAUUAUAUAGUAAAAUAACUAACGGUACCAAUAAUAGUAAGAAAAAUCUAUUGGUUAAUCAAUUCUUUUCACCAAUUAGCAUAGCAUGUCAUUCAAAUAAUUAUGAAGCAAUUAAAUUAUUAUUAAAUUAUAUUCCACAUCAAAUUAACUUGUCGACAAAUUUUGAUGCAAAGGGACUUGGUACAUUACAUAUAGUUUGCAAAAAUGGUGCAGAUGCAAAAUUAAUCAAAUUAUUAUUAGCACAUGGAGCAGAUCCUAAUAGAAUGGAUGAUUAUAAUAAAUGGACUCCAAUAUUUUACGCUAUACAGGAAUCUCAUCCGGUUACCGUGAAGGAAUUAUUAAAUAAUGGUGCCAGAUUAAAUAUUCAAGAUGAUGAAGGUAUAAGUCCCUUACAUCUGGUAUUAUGGGAAAGUAACGUCGAGAUAUUAAAUAUCUUAUUGCCUUAUCUGCUGACGGAAUACAUACAUCAACGACAUCACAACAAUAAUGUUAUUGCUCAUAAUACUCUCGAUGAUUUAGAUCCCAUGAUUGAUUUAGAUGACGAUUUCGACAUGAAUAUUCAUAAAGAAAAAGAUCUUACACUCGACGCUAAUCAAGAAGAUCAAGAUUUCAUUUUACCGCCACCUGUUAUUCCAUUGAGAAAAUACGGUCAUAACUAUUUGGACAAAAAGACUUUAAUCAAAAUCUCUUUCCAAAGUGAUUACGAUUCAAUUCAAUUAUAUAAACACAAGGAAUUAAUAUUGUCUAAACCGGGGAGAAUUACAAUGACUUCAAAUCUUUCUGACCUUUUACCAAGAAACAUUAUUUUACCUGUGGGCACCAAACAUGAAGAUGAAAACGAAAAUGAAAAUGGGAAUAAUAAUGAAGAGAAAAAUGAAGCCAUCUUCCAAAUUGAUUCUCUUUCUGAAUUUUCCAUUGAUUUUGAAGUUUUCCCUGCGUUUGGCUCAAGAAUCAUUGCCAAAACUACAGCUAUUACGUCCACUUUCAAUCCUAUGCUUUUGGCUGAUAGUACGUCAUCAGUAUCAUUACCACUUUUUGAUAAAAAACUAAAUAAUAUUGGGAAAUUAACAUUCAAUUAUCAAAUUAUCUCACCUUACAUUGAAAAACCAUUACAAAUUUCUAAAUAUGAACCAUAUUGGAAAUCAACGACAAAUAUUAAACAAGGACAAAUCAUAACCUCAUCUUCCUUACUUGGAGAUUUUUUCAAUUUGAAAAUAUUUUGUUUAAAUGACGGAACUAUUGUCUGUUCUCCCAAUUUUUUCAUACAAAUACAAAACAGCGUUAGUUUCUUCCUUAAUGACCUAACAAAAUUUCAAUUGGAAAACUUAUUAAAUUAUGAUAUAACUGACGUACCUCAAUCCAAAAUCCCUAGUGUAACUCAAUUAAAAGAGUUAUUAGAAACAAAAAAAGUUAUUCAAUUUGAUACAUUAUUAUCAAUAAUCCCACAAUGGAUUCAAUUAAUCAUUGAAGUUUGUUUCCCAACGAAGGAGGAGAUGAAUCUAAUCCCAGUGAAAAUUUCACCGCAAAUCAACAUUAAUAAAUUCAUUGAUAAUAUCUUAACAAUUCUAUUUAAUCAUGAAAGAGAGUUACGUAACAUGGGAGAUAAUUUAAGAUCAUUAGUCUUCAAAUCUUCAAAUUGGCAAGUUUGUUCAGUUUUCAACUGGAAACAACCAAAUUUCCCCGUAUUACUAGAAUUGAAAUCAUUGAGGUAUAAUGAUUCUUUAAAACGUUUCGAAAAUGAUUCACCAAAUUGUUUGAAAUCAAUGAUCGUUACUAGUCAAGAGGCCCGAGAGAAGAAGGAACAAGUACAAAAUAAUGAUGUAUAUUUACAAUGGGAUGAUAUUAAGAUUCGUAAUAUGGUAAAAUUCUCUAAAAAUAAUAAUCUUUUAGGUGUCAUUAUCCCAUUUGACGUUUUAAAUCUUUGUCCAUCAAUAAUAACGGCAAUUAAAAAGAAUGGAUUGAUGCUGAUAGCAUCAUUGAAUAGCAGGGAUAAAUUCAUUCCAAUUAAGAAUGACGAGAUUAAUGGGAUUCAAGAAAAUGAAUCAACAGUCCAUUUCAAUUCAACUACGAAUUUAUAA